AUGGAGCUCUCCUUAACGAUUGAUGGGAUUCUGAUGGAGGCCAUCACUGGAGCUCUGGUGCUGGAGGCCCUAAUGCUGCUCCUGCCCCAGGGGAGGGGUGCGACCCUCACCCUGCUGAUCUCCAUGCCCAACGCGUCCAUGCCGUUCAGCGUGGGCCGAAUCGGGGCAGGAGCCCUGAUCGCCAUCGACGCCGUCAACAGGAGCCCGGACCUGCUGCCAGGUCACCGGCUGGAGUACGAGUAUGUGGACGAUGAGUGCAGCGCGGUUACAGGCGCAGGGAAGAUCGUCACCCUGCAACACCGCCGCAACUACAGCGCCUUCAUAGGGCCCUGCUGCUCACAGGUGUGCUCCCAGGUGGCCAGGCUGGCAGCCUAUUGGAACAUCGCUGUGGUCAGUCCGAUCUGUGCAGGCCAGGAGUUUCUGGGCAAGAAGGAGUUCCCUACUCUGACCAGAGUGUUCGGACCCUUCACCAAGAUGGGCUCCUUCUUUGUGAAGAUCUGUGAGAAGUUUGGCUGGAGGCACAUCGGGAUCAUCUACAACGACCGCGUUACCUGGACCAUACCUGCAGAGGGCAUCCGAUACACGGCGGAGGAUAAUGGCAUCACUGUGGCCAAAUAUCUGGGGUUUAGUGACCAGGACGAGAACAGCAACGGGUCCCAAGCAGCUGCCCAGAUCCUGAGAGAGGUGACAGCGGUGUCACGCAUCAUUGUGAUAUCCGCCAGUGGAGGAGCGGUGAGGACGUUCCUGAUCGAAGCUUACAAAGCGGGCCGCACAAACGGGGACUUCGUCUUCUUCUGCUUCGAGCCCUACGAGCAGAAGGACAUGUUCGGCGAUUUCAACUGGAAAAGAGGAGAUAUGUACGAUUCCAUGGCCAGGAAGGCCUACUCGGCUCUCUUCCGCCUGUCCCUCUACAAACCCGACACGGAGCGCUACCAGAACUUUUCAGCCGAUGUCAUCCGCAGGUCGAGAGAAGACUUCGGCUACGUCUACGCACCUGACGAGAAGGUGUCAGUUCUGGCUGCUCUCUCCCACGAUUCUGUGUGGCUGUACGCUCAGGCCUUGAACGAAACGCUGUCCGAAAACGGCAACCCCUACGACGGUUCCGCCGUCACUCGCAAGAUGUGGAAUAGGACGAUCACAGGCAUUCAGGGUGACGUGACCAUCGAUCAGAACGGGGACAGAGAGUCAGCUUACAUGAUGCACCACAUCCAGAGCAGCAAUGGGGACUUUGAGGUGAUUGCCAACUACUUUGGAACCAAUAAGACCUACGAGAAAGUGAGCGGAGUGGAAAUCAGAUGGCCAGGAGGCAGGAAGACGGCCCCUUUGGACACUCCCGAGUGCGGCUUCAGAGGGGAGAACUGCCCGUAUACUGAGAGGAGCUUCAGGAUUGCCAUGGGGCUCAUUGUCAGUGUGUUUGCCUGUGGGGCACUUGGCAUAGGUCUCCUGUACAGGCAGUACAAGCUCCAGGAGAAGGCCUCGAUGAUGUCAUGGAAGAUCAGCCACAGUGAGGUCACAAUGGUGUCAGAGCACCGCCCCUCAUCUUCAGCAUGCAAGGUGUCUUACUUCAAUGAGAAAUCCAUAGAUGCCUCUUGGGAAGCAAUUGGUGGCGGCAUAGAAGGCGAGCUCUCCUCCCACAGAACCGCAGUGUAUAAGGAGAACAUCUGUUCGAUCCGUUUCCUGCUUGUGAAAAGCGUGAACCUCAACAACGAGCUAAUCACGGAGUUGAAACAGUGCAGAGACUUAAUCCACCCAAACAUCUGCUGCUUCCUCGGGGGAUCCUUGGAGCCCCCCCAGCCCUUCCUGCUGACAGAGUACUGUCCCAAAGGAAGUCUGCAGGUACUCCUCGCCCCUCAUUCAUCUUUUAAACACCACACUCAGGGUGCUUCAGUGGCACAGGCCACCCCUCGUUUACAGGACAUUUUGAGGAACGACUCCAUCAAACUCGACUGCAUCUUUAAGUAUUCUCUGAUGCUGGACAUUGUAAAGGGGAUGGAUUACCUGCACCGGAGCCCCCUGCGCUCCCACGGUCACCUGUCCUCCUCUAACUGUGUGGUGGACAGCAGGUUCGUGCUGAAGGUAACCGACUUCGGUCUGGGACAACUGAGGCAGAAGGUCAAAGGGGAGACCUGGGGCUGCUGUGACGACUGGCAUCGCCUGCUGUGGACAGCCCCUGAGCUGCUGAGGAAGGGCGUGUCCCCAAAAGGGACCCAGAAGGGGGAUGUGUACAGUUUCGGGAUCAUCUUCCAGGAGAUCGUGUAUCGCCGAGGACCCUUCUUUAUCCCCAACUGCACUCUGAAGCCCAGAGAGGUGGUGGAGCGUGUGAAGGCGGGGGGGUGCAGCCCCCUCAGGCCCCACACUGACCCGGCCGAGUGUCCCGAGAGCGUGGAGACGCUGAUGAGGUGCUGCUGGAGGGAGAGCCCGGCGGAGCGCCCCGAAUUCUCCACCCUGAAGGUGGUGGUGAAGAGGCUCUGCCCCAGCGGAGGGAGCGGCAACAUCCUGGACGACCUGCUGUCCCGCAUGGAGCAGUACGCCACCAACCUGGAGGAGAUUGUGAGCGAGCGCACCGCCCAGCUGGUGGAGGAGAAGCGCAAGGCCGAAAGCCUCCUCACGCAGAUGUUGCCUAGGCCCGUCGCCGUCCAGCUUAUCACCGGGAAGACGGCGAGGGCCGAGACCUACGACUGCGUCACCAUCUACUUCAGCGACAUCGAAGGAUUCACCGCCAUGUCUGCGAGCAUCACGCCGAUGCAGGUCGUUAAUGUGCUGAAUGACCUGUACACGUUCUUCGACAACAUCAUCGACAGCCAUGAUGUAUAUAAGGUAGAGACCAUUGGUGAUGCCUACAUGGUGGUGUCGGGCCUUCCCAUCAGAAACGGGGACGACCACGCCAAAGAAAUAGCCAGGAUGUCUCUGGCAAUAGUGGACGCCAUGACAGAGUUCAAGAGCGAACACCUGCCCAAUCAGCAGCUCAAAGUCCGCAUUGGACUCCACUCAGGUCCCUGUGUGGCAGGAGUGGUCGGUCUGAAAAUGCCUCGUUACUGUCUGUUUGGGGACACCGUGAACACCGCCUCCCGCAUGGAGUCCUACGGCUCACCUCUCAGGAUCCACGUCAGCAGCUCGACCAAGACGCUCCUCGAUAAGUUUGGGACGUUCCGCUUGGAGCUGAGGGGAGACAUUCACAUGAAGGGAAAGGGUCUAGUGAGGACUUUCUGGCUUCUGGGAGAGGAACCAUGA